AUGGAUCCAGUUCCCAAUUGUUCCGCCAGUAUCCCCAGUCGCGGUGCCCAUUCACACGAUCGUGAAAGCCUGGCCGCCAUCUCCGCAGUUGCGGUGUCCCCUGCCAGUGCUAAGGUUGAGCCAUCGGCCCCCGACACCCCGCAGUCGUUCCAAAACUGCAUUUUUGGCGGUUUACAGCAGUCACAACCACCGCAACAGCAGCCCAUGGAGGAGGUUGAGGUCCCCUCGGCAACAUCACCGUCUUGUCUAGAGUCAAAAAUGGAUGUACUUCCUGCCGCAGGUACAGCUGUCGUGGAUUCGGGUGAUCUCUCCACAGUCACAUUUCAGCCAAUUGACUCCAAAUCCGCUCGUUCGUCGCCGCCACUUUCAGCGUCUACUUCUGCCACUGCCUCUAGUUCUCCCGCCAAACGUCCGAGACACAAACCUGGAGAGCGCAGGGAACUCCUCUUGCUGGCUGUGAAUGACGUCCUAAGUCAGUCAAUUUCGAUGCGCAAGGCAGCUCAACGCUAUAAUCUGGCCAAAUCCUCUCUCUGCGACUUUGUCCGCAAAAACAACAUCCAACUCCCGAACAACCGAUACAAGACCGCCUCUUCAAAUUCUUCAGCACCGGCUAAGACAACUCCCGGCUCUGCCAGUCCACAGACGGCAGACACCCCAACAGAGGCAGUAUGUGAUGCGACGACAACGACGACAGCCGGUGAUUCCUGUCCUUCGGAUUCCAUCCCUGAUAGGAAUGGUUCCUGCUCUCCUCAGACCAGUGGACCUCUCAAGUUACCCCUGAACCAGGCUGCUGUAGCUGCGGCGAGGUCCCUCCUCAAUGGUCUCUCAAUUCAAACAACCAUCGCCACUGCAGUUAAUGACUCCCUUUCGGCUCUCUCAACCAUUGCUGCUACCUCAGCAAAUAAUGGCACCGUUGAGGCAAGACCGGAAACACGCUGCUCGCGGACCUCCCUGGGUACCGGUCUGUCCUUACACGAUCCACGCCUCUUCACCUCCUCAACCCCGCCUACUAGCAGUAGUGGGGGCGGCGGUAACCUAGCGGCCUGUCCCCGCAUGGAGAGUCCCUGGCACAACGUAUCCGGCCUACCGACUCAGGUGCCCAUUGGAAACUGGGGUGUCUGGCCCGUAAUGAAUCCGAAAAAUACCAGCCUUGCUCACUUCGCUGGUAACGUCAAUAGCAACACAACAACAACCACUGCUAGCCUCUGUAAGGUUCCAGUAUCCCUUAUCUCGGAAUCCCUCCGCUCCUCUCCCGUUGCGGCAGCAUGUACUGUUUCAGAUGACGCAGUUAUGCAGAUAGCCGGUCGAUUUUCCGACGUAAGCCGCGCAUUUCUGAGUUCACAGCCUGUUUUCAUUUAUUUUAUGUUCCUUACUUUGACUUAGAGUACGCCCUACCACGCUGAUACCCAGGAUUCUUCCGUUCUUUGUUCUUUUCGCGUUAUCCAGUGUAGAAUGAGACAUCUGUCGAUCUCGUUUGCACACAUAGUUGGGACUCGAUGUUCAGGAGGCCGGGUGUUACAUAAAUGCAUAUGCAGUCUGAAUAGUGACUGUCCUGCAUGCGCAGUGGGCGUUUUAUGUGGACAUUUGUGUGGACUAGAAGUUAUCAUUUACCUUUUGUCCACCUUUCUCUUAGUUUAGUGGGGGCAAAGGCUUUUGGCGUUAACUGCAGGAAAGUUUUCCACCGUUUCUGUCUAUUGGGCCGCCCAUUUCCAUGCCGCCUGACCAGCAUUUGGUCUCAAACGAAAGUGAAAUCACUGUAAAUAUGAAAAAUACGUAGGUAAUCACUGUCCCGUGUAACUCUUCCAAUUUAACUGGAGUCAACUAGUCUUAAGCUGUUGCGACUUCGAUCUCUCUUAUAUUAAAAGGUUGCAGCCAGGGGGUAUUUUGACGUUUCUAAAGUAUAUUGGUUAAAUCUGUAACGAGAGUUUCUUGUCAACCUCUCGGAGAGGGUUAUUCACAGACUUGUUGUGUGUGGUUCCCAGAAAUCGAAUGGAACGCGAUUGGCAGCCGUUUGAAACGUAGAAAGUGAGGAGAGAUUCUCAACUACCAAUAAAAAUAAUACUUCGGUAUCUGUAAAAAGCACGAUUCCCACAAACCUUCCUUAUUGUCAUGAAAUUCACCGAAACCUGCAAGCUUUUUCAACCGUACUCGGCACUCUUAGCCAGUUUCCAUUGGCUCAGGAGACCUGGUGCCACGCAGAAUAACUGAUCAUUUGAUAAAAACAGAGUUUCGGCGCCAACGAAUGGUAAGGUGCCAGUAGUUUCACAGUUAACGCCGGCCGUCAUUACGUCUCGUCCUUUUCUCGCCACGAAGUCUUCGCUCGUUCGAUAUGGGUUCCGAAUUUCUUCCCUCGCCACCGUAGUAUCUGCUAAGGUAAUCGACACGUUUGGCAUUUUCUCGUCAAUACAAACAGCUGACUUCUCGUCCCCCGGCACGUUUUUAUCCGAAUAUUCAAGUCUAUUCGCGUGCCCAUCGAGCACUCAUUCGUCUCGUCGCCUGCGCUGAAUGUGACCGUUUCGCUUCUUCUAGCCGAGUUCCGUAGUCGUGACCGCACCGUCGAGCUCAGCUUCCGCGUUUUUGCCUUGCUCUCGUGAGGAGAGCAGCUCAAUUCCUCCCACAACCGCUGUCGCUGGCCUCACGAGCUCGGAGACCUCUCGUUUCUCUGGACUCAGUACCUCUGUUGCCCCCACCGAUCCCUCACAAUGCUCCACGACGGUAAACUGCACGGGGCUGCCAUCCAACCUCGCCUUCACCUCUCUUAUUCAUGCGGCCGCUGCAGCCAACGGCACUGGUUCCUUAAACGCCCUCCUUCCUGCCAUUGUGACUACAACCACCACCUCUGUCCCGCAGUCAGGUGAGGACUCGUACGCUGCCGGUCGUACUACGGCUGUUGUGUCCGCGCCGGGCUUCGUUUCCCCUGUUGCUGCUGCCUCAGCACCUUCUGCUGCGGACUAUCUCGCCGCCUCUGCUCGCUCUGGGCUGACCCCGGACCUCUUCCCGGCCACGGGCAUCUCCUUGCCGCCCUCAGUUGCAGCCUUCGGAGCCCUUCUCUCCGCCUCCCAACCGCCGACGCCGGCCAACCCCCUUGUUGGCGAUUUAACUUCAGUGGCGAUCGCACGCUCCCUGCUCCAGUCCUCACCCGGCGCCAACCCUACUGGACUUCCCUUCCCACUGCAGACCCCGGCAGUUGUCGAGCAACAGCAUCAACAGACUUCCUCUCCUACUAGCGCAGCAGCAGCCGCCGAGGCUGUCCUGAAGGGAUUCAACUUGUCUGCCGAACAACCGGCACCAGACUUGGCUGCCACCACCGUGACUGAUGCCAGCACCACCAACAACAACAGCAACAGCAGCGACAGUUGUGGACGUACUACCAUUUCGGCUGCAGACUAUCUAAAGAUUGCAGCGCUUGUCUCUCAGCUGCCUGAUUUGCUUGAGGCUGCUCAGUCUCCAGCCUCGCUCAUUUACCAGAUCCAGCAGAAACUCCUCAGUGGCGUCUUUUCGGCUAACAGCCCGAUUGUCGUUGGCAGUUGUCCACAGACCCUAGCUGCCAAAUGUUUAAGCCAACCUGCUUCGAGCCAGCAGACGCCCGCAAAGGUUAGCUGA